UGUCCCUUCAUGCUGCUCAUAUUUACAAAUAGAUUUGAAGUGCCUUUAUACAUUCUAGAUAAUUUCUAUGGUGUCAUAUACCAAUUACACAUCAUUUUAUAAACAUUCUCUUUGAGAUUAUAACACAAUUAAAAUUUCAGCCCCUUUCACCACAUAUUUUCCCACUGAUCUAUCGAUAUAUUAUAGCCAAAAAUUUUAGUCCACUUUAUCGUACAUUCUUUAACCUGGUCUUUCUCUGUAUUUGUAUCAAUUUCAACAAAAAUGUACAAUUUUUAACAUAAGUGCACAAUUAUACUUCAAAUUCUCUCUCCGUGCCAAAGAUCUUUCCAUCCCAUCGCUUUGGUCUCCCGCCAACGCUGUCAGGCUGGACCCUCCCCCUUCCAGUUGAACGCAUCCUUAGGUCUGUUCUUUUAAUUUUCCUCCCCCGCCCUUUCUUGGCGCCUGAUAUGAUAGCUACGGAAGUCUUCAGGAGUCCUCUGACUGAUGGCGUAAAUACUUGAAGAGCAAGAAGUAAUAGUCUUCUUCUGGGACUGGGAAACAGUUCCCUAUAUUCUUGAAGGAAAGAGGGUGAUGCCAACCCCCGCCCCGUCCGUGCCAGGAGGAGUAAGAGCAGCAAAGGGUGGCAGGUGUUCAGGCGAUUCAGGAGCGGGCAAAGUGUCUGAGGCUUCUUUUCACGCAGGGCGUUAAAGCGCACGGACGGCGAGCAGUCAGCCCGGUGCCUUCCAGCCACGAGAAGCAGGAGGCGGGGGGAACCACUGUCUCAGGUUGCCGGAGAGGCUGCACCUUUCCGUCUCAGCGGCGCCUCCUGAUUUUUCCAACUUGUGGGGCGGUGGCUGUUUCGUGUAAGUUGCUGUAGUCCGCUGGCUAGUGGAGGUGAAGUCCGGCUUUGAUGAUCCCAGACGCGCUUCUAGGUUCUGGCCUUCUGCUGCUCCUGGGCAUAGUCAUUUUCAGCUCUGUGACUAGCAGUGAAAAUGCAACAGUUGGCCUGGAAACCAAGAAGCUUCCCUGUGAUUACAUGAAUGGAACUUGUACAGAUGGCACCACCGAUUUGAGACUGAGUGGACAUUUUUCUGAGUGUCCUGAGGAAUACAAGCACUUCUGUGUCAAAGGAAGAUGCCGCUAUGUUGAUGCCGUACAAACUCCAUCCUGCAUCUGUGAGAGAGGCUACACUGGGGAAAGAUGUGAGCGAUUGGACUUAUUUCAUCUAAGAGGAGAUCAAGGUCAAAUUGUUGUGGUUUCUUUGAUAGCUGUCAUGGUAAUGCUUAUCAUCCUGAUUGCGUGUAUCUGCACUUGCACUCAUUAUUGUCGGAAAAAACGUAGAAAGAGGAAGCAGGAGAAAACCGGGACUUAUGAUAAUCAGCAACAAAUGAAAACUGAUGAUAUACUUGAGAUGGAUAUUGAAUGAAGGUUAAGAAAGGUGCCUGCUGGCAGAUUCCAAAGACUUGUGCCCUUUUCCUUUUGAUGACUUUCCUGAGGACUAGUGAUAUGAAAAUAAAUAAGGAUAAAUAAACAUGGGUAUACAACUUCCA